CGUGGGGGAAAAUAGUUACAGACAAGUGCAAUAAAUCCAGAUCAACUGCAGAGGUGCUAAACAUUUAAUUAACACUGGUGUUAAGGGGAAGUGUGUGUCGUCUGCCACUAGUUUUGGACACAUCAGGCUGGUGGAGUUACCAGCGUGACACCAGAAGUGUGGGGAAUUGAUAGAACUAACGUGUCAGUGUCCAAACAUCUGAUAGGUUUUACUAGAUAGUCUCCGAGCCAGCGUGUGAAGGAACAAUCACAGAGAACAAUGGGCAUUUGUGUUACUCGGGUCAGGCCGAAUUGGUACACUGUUUGCAUCAAAACGGGUGACUACAAGGGUUCAGGAACGGACUCCAAUGUCACCUUGAGAUUAUAUAACGCCUCUGGAUCAUCCCCUGCGGUUAAGCUUGACUGUACUUGGAGCAAUGACUUUGAACGGGGAAGCCUGGAUACAUUCUAUUUGAAAAAGACAGGCAUCACUGCAGCCGUGGAAGAAAUUGAGCUGACGCUGUCCGAGGGGUCAAAGUGUCAGAACUGGUUUGUGGAAACCAUCGAAGUCAAGCACGAGGACCUACCGGCGUAUUGCGGUAGCAUCUUUCCGUUUCACCGCUGGAUUAGGCAGGGAGAGACUUUCCGUGCCGCCAGGAAUGACUCCUUCCUACCCGAGCACGACCCCAAUCGCAAGCAGCGAUUGGACGAAUUGGCCCGGAAGAAGCAGAUCUAUCAGCUGGAGAGGAAGUUUAAAGGGGAGCUGGCCAUCGCACAGGUUGUUCAGCUACCGGACGAACAGGAAUUUUCGAACAAAUAUUUUUUUGAUGUUCUAGCGAGGCAAGCCGCCAUCUAUGAAAUCGAUACUCUAACCACUUACUUAACAACUGACAACUGGGAAACACUUGACGACAUCAUCAAAGUAUACAACAAGACGCUACCCAUACCAUACGGAGUCGAUAACUGGCGGAGUGAUGAAUCGUUUGCCAACCAAAGGCUGAACGGGUGCAACCCUUGUCAGAUUCGCCUCUGCACAGAAAUCCCAGCAAAUUUGGCUGUUACUGACAACAUGAUGAAGCCACUGCUGGAAGGAAUGAGCAUUCAAGAGGCCAUUCAAAGCAAAAAACUCUUUAUCGUCAAUUACAGUGUUCUGAAAGAUAUCCAAACUACGGACAACAGAAUCGUGUGUGCACCUAUUGCGCUCUUCUUCCUCAAUCAGUCCAAAACUUUGAUGCCCGUAGCCAUUCAACUAUACCAGGAACCAUCGUCAGACAAUCCGGUGUUCCUUCCGACGGAUCCGGAGUACACCUGGAUGUUAGCGAAGUUGUGGUUCAACAACGCCGACGGCGCAGUUCACGAGUCAGUGGCUCAUCUGGGCUUCACCCAUCUGAUAUCAGAGACCAUGGCAGUAGCUGCCAACCGUUGCCUCUCCCCGUCCCACCCCAUCUACAAGCUCCUCGCUCCUCACUUCCUCUACGUCAUGGCUAUAAACAGUUUUGCCUUGGUGACACUGAUCGAUCCUGGUGGCAUUGUGGACAAGAACAUCAACGCUGGCUCCCAGGGCUUCGUUGGACUCGUCCAGCGCGUGUUUCCCGAGUGGCGUCUUGGCGUUGAGGGCAGCCUCCCAGAGGAUCUUCGCAGCCGCGGGGUGGAUGACCCGGAUGUCUUACCCGGUUACCACUACAGGGACGAUGCCCUUUUGCUGCACGGCGCCAUCAAGCGGUACGCAGCGUUUGUGGUUAACAAACGAUAUGACACACCAGAACUUCUUAGCGGGGACAGUGAAAUCCAAGAGUUUGCCGAAACACUCGUUAAGCCCAUUGAAAAUGGAGGUUGUGGUAUUAAGGGAGUCGCUGGCAACGGAAGGUUCAGCGCCAACCACCAGCUGAUUGACGUCUUGACAUCCAUCAUCUUCAUUAGCAGCGUGCAACAUGCCGCGGUCAAUUUCAACCAGUAUGACGAGUAUGCCUUCCCGCCAAAUGCACCUCUCUGGAUGAACGGAACACCGCCAAAGGAUAAGACUCCACGAACAGAGCACGACAUCCUACAAAGUUUGCCCAAUAAGAAACGCACGCUGGAUACAAUGUCUUUCACGCGAAUCCUGAGCGAACGAGCGACGCGGCGGCUCGGUAACUUCGAGAAGAUCUACCAGACCGACCCAGUCGGGAAGGAGGCGGUGGCCGAAUUUCUCCAGGAGUUGUUUUCAAUUGAGGAAACUAUUGCGUCACGUGAUGCGAAAAGGAACGUUCGAUACCCGUACCUCAAUCCACGAGAGAUUCCAAAUGCCAUUAGCAUCUAGACCUUCGGGUACCAGCGUUAAUUCGGUUGACAGCUUAAGGUUAAAUUAACUAAUCAGAGAUGUUGUCCAACGGUACACCCAUUAGGUUUACUUCGCUUUUGUGCCGAUUUUCUUGGAAAUCGAUUUUUAGAGAAAACAUGAAAUCAUUUGGGUGAUCAUUGAUCAACUUUGAAUUACCCUUCACAGAUACCGUGCAAGAGCGGAACCGUCUAAAUAAGCAUUAUAAAAGAGUUCCAAUACAAACGUGAAACGUAAUUGCUGCAUGAUUAAAAUACGAGUAGGAUCUUCAUAAUUGGUAUAUUUUGACAGGCUUCAAUACAGAAUGCAUUCAUAAGGUAAACUUCAGACGUCCGUCGAAAUAUUAUAGAUAUUUAAUUAAGAACGGAUAGAAUGUGAAAAGUAACUUUACAGCUAACAUCUGGAGAAUCUGACUGAUAAGCUGACUAGCAACAGUGUGAAAAAAAUUCUAUUUGUUUUAAUAUAGAACCAAUACGGUAAUUGUAUGGUAAUUCAUACAUGUUUCAUUGAUCUUCGGUAAUGAUUUUGUUUAUUUUACAACAGUGUUCUCUAUUGUUAAAUGUUGUGCCUUUUGUGGUAUUGUGUAAGUGCCUAACCUUUUGCUGCAUUGUCGUGUGCCCGUGUAACGUUACAACGUACACACUUUUCGCGUAAAACGUAUUCUUUGUAUUUUAGGUUGUGCCAAUUUUUCUUAGUUUUUUGUACGGCAACCUGAUUGCUCUUUACUUUCUAAAUCUAAGAUACAGCUUUGUGUGCGAAAGUAACCUUUGGAAAAUCGAUCAUCUCUGAUAAUAGUACUUUUAGUUUCGUCGCACUUCAAUAACAAAGCAAAAAGAAAUACUCAGUUAUCAGUUUGCCGUUGUCGGCUUGUAAAUAUUAUUAAAGCAUAUUACCCGCAUAAGCUAUAGUAUCCUGUGUUUUUGAAGGUAUUCUUGUAUUAAACGCACUCUAUAUUAGUUACCAUUUUCUCUUUAACUUAGAAAAAGAAUUCAGCUGUUUUUCAACAAUACGCAGAAACUGAAGAUGGACCUAAAACUGAGGUCCUUGUUUGUGGGUGUUUUAGCGUUGUAAUUGUUUGAAUGGAAAUUCAAAGCCGGCGAGCAGUAGUCAUAAAAGUUGGCUUUCGUGUGGCGCCUAAUAAACCUGCAAAAUACAGUGCCGCCAUUUCCUCGUAAAACCGUCUUGUCGUAAAUGGUAAUGAAAAAUCCAAAUCAACAUUAAGUUUGAAACGACAAACUUUGUCGAACAGUCCCAAGGUUUAAUUUCUCACGGUAGUCAAGAGCUAAAAACCUAUAACAGGGACACAUUCCGGCUUUAGACUGGCUGCCAAAAGCCGGUCACCAGACAACUCUAUUUAAAUUAAAUUUCACAGUUACAUUGAAUGAUGGUGGUUCGAUAUGUUGUCAACUUGUUAUCAUUUUGUCCCUUUGCGGCUUUAAACACUGUACUACUGUCUGGCGUUUCGUUAUUUUUCAGAAACAACUGUGUACAUACUGGAUUAAACUGCGGUAUUUGUACAAAUUUGUUUGUUUAUGGUCGAGAGACUAUUCUUAUAGUUUCUUGUUCAAUGCAUUGUGUGUGUCACUUGAAUGAGAGAUUAAUCCUUCGUUAUAAAAGAGUGCACAAACACAUUCUCCGAAAGAGUGAGUCUCUGA